AUGUCGUUUACUGAGCAUGGAACUAGAAUCAAAGCGUUGCAGUCCCAUAUUGAAGGACAUAACCAUGAUUUGUCACAGCUCAGACAAGACAACAUGAAACUUAAAGCUUUGAUUUUGGAUCGAGAAGCAAAGUUGAAUUCUGUAAAAGAGGAGUAUGCAUUGCAGUUAGAUGCAUUGCAAUUGGAUCGAGAAGCAGAGUUGAAUUCUUGUGAGAUAGAGACUCGGAAAGAAGAGGAAACCCAAAUUCUGAACCAGUCCAAAGAUAGAAUUUUGAUAGUCCAAUCUACAGGAAAAGAGUUUGAAGAUGAAAAAGAUGUUCUGGAUUCAGGUUCUAUUCAAGAGGAACAGGAUAAAAAGGAGGCUGACACUGAUGAAAAGUCAGCAACAGAUGGCCCAUGCUUGAGUAAGAAAACAACUCCAUGGAAGAUGGAUCUUCAUGCUCUUGGAGUUUCUUACAAGAUCAAGAGGCUGAAGCAUCAAUUAGUUAUGCUUGAGAAGGUGACAGGAAAGCAAGAAAGUUGUGAAGAUAGGGUAACUAAUGAUAAUACACAGUUUGGGAUAAAGGGAUUCAACAUGUUGGUGUCAAUGUUGAAUAAACAAGUUAGCAGGUACCAGUCCCUCCAAGGGAAGACUGACGAUUUUAGCAAGCGGAUGCAUGAGAUUGAUUUGGUGAGCUUUGGAGGUUCUACUAUUGCUAAGACAAGGGAGGAAACAAAAACACUAGAGCACUUCCAGGAGAAAACAUUUCAGCUGCAGAGAUAUAUGGUAGCAACAUGCAAGAAAUUGAUGGAAAUACAAUCCAAGAUUGCUUCUGGACUCGUCGGGGCUGCAGAGGCCCUUGAAGGGCCUGCCAGCUUUGACAUGAAGUGCUUUGCCGACAGUGUUAGAACACUCUUCAAAGAAGUUUAUUCAAUGACUUGUAACAAGAUUCAGAUGAAGAGCAAGAAUACCACCAAGGACAUCGCAGUCAUGACGGACAACAUCAUCACCACCACAAAAGGUGGCAAGAAGGUUACAACUUCGUCAAGUGGUACAAAUAACUUUGCAAAUUUAAUGAUGUGGAGCAUGGUCAAAGCAUCCGUUCCUACCAAAAGACAGCAUGAUGCAAUGAGAGUCGAUUCCGCCAAAUCUAUCAAAGUAACAACUUAA